GCUAACUGAUCUUUACAAUUAGCAUAACUCGCGCACGUUUAUCUACCUAUCGGAAUCGGCCUCGUUGUCUGCGUCGUCGUUGCGUUGACGUCGUCGUCGCCGUCAUUGUCGUCGUCGACGACGACAGCAGCAACGGUGGCCACGGGAACCCGAUACCCGGGCGAGAAAAACGAGUGUCGCGAUAGCGACGCGAAUUGGCACACGCGGUUGCGAGGAGAGAGCAGGAGAGAGCGCCGAGAGGGAGGACGCGCCCGUCGCCUGUCGUCGAACGGUGCGCAUCAAUGGCGGCUGUGCCGACCCUUGUUUACCAAAGUCCCCAAAAUGGCCGCCCUUCGUCAGAUUUUCGCACGCGGUAACCUCGCCGCGCUCUCGAUUCCCGUAGCCCGACGACCACUGAAUCGUUUAGCACCCUUGAUCCCUCAGAUUCAACAGAGAUGGAGUAGCUACAAAUCCUCCUCCAAAUAUACAACGCCGGAAGAUUAUACAGAUUACGACAUUACAAAAGAUCCAAACGAAUGGAAAUAUGUAGAGCGUGUACUUGGAUACAAAAUUAUACCCAAACCUCCCACUGGAAAUGUCAAACUCCCAUCUGGCUAUAAAUUAGCAUCUGCUGCUCCUACAAAUUAUCCCUAUUUCAUAGAACGUACAAAAAAUUACAUGCAACCUGUAUAUUUGACUAGAAAUCCUAGGGGAUACAAAAAGAUUACAAAAAUUGCUAAAAUUCAAGGAGAUAUAUGGGCAUUGGAACGUGAUAUGAAACAAUAUGUAGAGGAAUGUAUGAAAAAGAAAAUUGCUAGUCAAAUACAUGAAUUUGCAGGUGUAAUUAAAUUUAAAGGUGACUGUGUUAAUCGUGUUAAAGAGUGGAUGGACAUGAAAGGUUUCUAAAAAUUUAAAAAUGUCUUCAUAAUAAGCUGUACAUUAUAAAUAUACAAUAAACAUUGAAUCUUUGUUACAAAACAUGUAUUUAAUAGACUUGCAAAAUUAUUCUAAUAAGUCGCAUAAAAUGAUUUACAGCUCUUGUUUAAAUAAAAAGUUAAUUCUUCAUACUCUUUGACUACAUGAAAUUUAAAAUUUUGUCUGUUGAGAAGAUAAAAGGCGUUUCUCGGGGCUUUAACAAUAUUCAAUUUAUUUCUGGAAAAAUAUACGUCUAUAUCGACAUCAAAAAAAUUUAUCCAUACAUUUUUUUUUAAUGUAGUUUCAAACAUGUGUUAAGUACAUAUAUAUGUCUAUAACGAUUCUUAAUUUAUGAUGUAAAUAUUUUAUAGAUAUAGAUAUAAUAAAAAUAUUUUCAUGCAAA